AUGCCGUAUUCAACAGAAGUCCCCGUUCCACCUUCAAAAAUUACUUUGUAUGAUUUUAAGAAUUAUAUAACUAAACGAAGCUAUAAAUAUUAUUGUAAAGUUGUGGAUGCUGAAUUAAAUGCAGAAGUCAAAGCCGAGAUUCGUGAUGAAUAUGAAUGCUUAAAGCCUUGUGCAAAUGGACGCUUUGAAUUAUUUCUUUUGUCGGAUAAUGGUUGUGGGAGAACGAUUCAACGUCCAAUAGACCAGAAACAUCACCAUCACGGAUUUGCUCAAAGACAAGUUUUGGCUCCAACACAUUUUCAGUCUCAAAAGAAUUGUAAAGUUCGUGCGUCAAUGAUGGCAGGAAAACGUCCAGCAUCUCACUAUAUUAUGGAACAUUCAAAAUUUGUUGAAGAGGACAGCAGUCCUGAAGAGGAAAAUAUAACAAAUAAUCAAUUGUUUGGAGAAUCUAAUUUCGCUAGUAGUCUGUCCGAUGGAGAUUCUCAAUACACAACAGACUUUACCAGUGUUUCUCAACAAAAUCAUUUUGCUUCUCGUUAUGCUCUUCAAAACCAACAUAACAAUAAAGUGGCUAAUUCAAAGCCUUAUUGGACUCGCGAAAAACGUAAACGUUAUAGACGUCAACGCUCACCUCCAUCUUCUUUUCUUUCUUCUACUUUUGACGAUACUGAAGUUUCUAUGUCGGUGGAUGUGAUCACGGUAACAUUUAAUAUGGAUACUCGUCGUCCUUUUGGAAUGUCUGUUGUCGUUAAACGAAAUCGUUAUUUUUAUGGAAUUGUUGUUCAUGAAGUAUCUCCAAGUUUGUUUUUUGAAUUUUUUUUAAAAAUUUUUAUAAUUAAAAUAUAA